UUUUUCAGAAAGAUGAAAACCUUUUUUCCUGUACUUGUUAAUUACACUUGAAACCAAAACCAAUAAAAGGCAAAAAUCUUUGAAAUGUAUUCGCAUUUUAAAAUGUAGGUUUUGCAUUCUUAAACAGCUAUUUACUUAAGUACUAUAAAUUCAUAGGCAGAUCCUGAAUAUUCACAGUAUGAAUUUGGUUUGAAUUGACUUUUGGUUGACUAACUGCAUAACACUUGCAGGGAAGUGUGACUUGAGAUGUCUGGGAAGGUUAUUGUCCCAGCUGUGUAUGCCAUCACCCAGUCACUGUCUGCAAAGGCAGCAUCUCCUGGAAGUCAAAUUGAAAACCAGUGUCUUUUUACUUUUCACCCAAAAGGGCAAUGGUCAUCGGGGCAGUAACCUCAGCAGAAAUACCAAGUUAUAGCAUCCUUACUUUUGAAACAUAGUUUUUUAGUAGUGUGGCUUAUGUUUGACAGUCUAAUGUGGGCGAGAAGACAAAGCAGAGGUAAAAUUUUGAUGACUUGAAGUAUAGUGCUUAAAGGAUGGUUUUGUUAAUUGACUAAAUAGUGAAUACUCUCUGUAUGUAUGAAGGUGGCUGGAAUAUGGUUAAGGCAGUAGUAAUUACUGGUUUUAAGAUACAGCUGGAAGAGAUGCCAGGAUGAGAUGAAUUGUCUUGUUUGUGGAAAUUAUGGUUAUCUGUAUCUUCAAUAGGUUUACUAAAUCACUUUUUUAUUUCAAAUAGAGCAUAAAAGUAAGAAAUUAGAUAGUGCCUCUCCAGCAGACUUUAUCUCUUUAAAUGCCCAUUGCAAACUUGAAUGAUGCUUUCAACGUGUUACCCAUUCUUCAUUCUUUAUUACCAGGACUAGCAUUGAUCCACAUGCUAAAUAUCUGGGAGGAAGGUAGUUAAUUAUUCACUUCCUUAGCUUACUGGUAAUUAUGGGAAGAUAACAUGCCAGCAGAUCAUACUAGGAGUAGUGGAAAUGGAUGGAUCAUGCUAGUUCAGUAGUUAACCUGCUGACUUGAUUACAAAAAGUUCAAACCCCAGGGUGUGUCUUGUUAUGGUUGAGGUUGCUUAAAGGCUAGCUGCUUCUGGUGGACCAGUGCUGGUGCUUGUCUGGCCCUGUCUCUGGGACCUCUGUGGAUGAAGGUGGGAACAGCAUCAGUAGUGUCAGCCGCAAUGUGCUGGUACAUGAAAGCUUAAGCUGAUUGCACGUGGGAUGUGCUGUAGUCUUGGCUUUGUGAGUCUUCCCUCUUCUGCACUGUUACUGGUGUUCAUGCAGCACAUUGGCAAGCAAAUCUAGUGAUGUGAGCCAGCUGAAAACUAAUUGCUGCUUUAUUGCUAGGUUCUUUAUCAUCCUCUUCAGCUCCCUGAACUCACUCACCACAGUCAAAUCAGUGCAAAGGUGGGAUGGGAUUGUGCAGUUUAUAGGGGAAGGAGUAAAGUGUAGGAAUGUGUCAGUCAUGACUGAAACUGUUUUAAACUGCCAUGGAACUGUAGCCCCUGACUUGUAAUCAAUGUGAUGAAUGACAGCUAAUUUUCUUCCAAGAAAUAUUUCUCUGCUGCCACUCAGUUAAACCCCUUCUCUUGAUUCUUUAUAAUUUACUGUUUGUUCAAGCUGAAGCCUUCUCAAAGGUACCUAAAAACUGAAGUUCAUAAAUCAGAAGCUGGCAGCUCUGGGUUAUUCCUAACAAAUUGCACAAUGUCAUAAUUCUAAAGACCUUACAAUGACACAUGAUUUUUUUUUUUUUUAUACUGUACUGGGAAAAACAGGUCACUUUCACUACCACGGGCCCUCAAAUACUGAGGUAUUAAACUUUAGUUUUUAUAGCAAGUUGAGAUCUUACCCUCGGUGGUCAGUGUGAAAUCUUAAUUACUAAAAAAAGCCAAAACCAACAACCUAGACCGUUUUUACUCUUAAACAAAGAAACCAAGUUUUUUUUUUAUCACAAGUUAUUUUGCACGUGCAGUUAGGAACAGAUUCAUAGAUGUUUACUGUGGCUGCAGGUAUGCCAGUAUAGAAUGGUAAUAUUAGCGCAAAUAAUUAGCACAAUAUCAGGGACAUGGCCAUGGUGUAAAUUGCCUUAUGUAAUGGUGUAUGUGUGUAGCUCUGUUGCUUUUUUAUUCCUCUAGAAAAUGAUGACCAAACUCAAGUAGUUCAUACCAGCAGAAAAACUGGAAUAUACAUUAAACCUGGGAUUGAGUUUACAGAAAACUCAAAUGACCAGACCAGAGGGCUUUUCUUGCAUAUACCUUGAUCUUCUAUAGGAACACUUGAAACAAUUCAAAUAUGAAGUGAACAUUCUUUCAGCCAAUUCAAGGAUUUAAUUUUAUAGGUUAAAAAAAAAUAUAUAUAUAAGCCUAACUUGCACUGAAUUCAAUAGGUACACAAUAUUUUUAUAUCUUACGUAAUUAAACAGAGACCUUUUGUGAGACACACCUAUAAUAAAUUAAAAUAUAGACAGGUUGGGAGGAAAGCACCUGAAAUUAGUCAAAAUGGUGACAGGAAACACAGCAGUAGUGUAAGUUUGAAGAUGCUGGGAUUCUGAUACUCAGAGCUUACCAUUCAGCAGUAAAUGAAAGGACUAUUCAGUCUUAAUACCACAGUCAGAAGCUGACGUCAGUAGUCUCAGGACAGCAGUCAAGUUGGCUGUUAGGGGUAGGGAGUUUUGGAUUCUCAUUAUGCUUUUACAAGCUUCAGAGAUUUCCCCACCUUUUUCUAGCAGCUUCUGACAAGUUAACUUCUUGAGUUUCAUCUUAACAUAACUGCUUUCAGCAAUGCCUUUAAACAUUGUGCAUUAUCUGAUUGCUUGGAGAAGCAAGACUCUGCAGAGGGUAAACCUACUGACAUUAGGUAGUAGUAGUCUGAGAAAUUUAAAUGUUUGUAGUGCUCGCAUAUCCCUUCAGAUAGCUGCAGGGUCUGUCUGCAUUGCACCUAGAGGAGUUGACUUCAAUGAUAAUCUGAUUGUCUACUGCCAAGCUUGUAGAAUGGUGUUCUUACUCUUAAUCCAUGUGAUUUGGAGUCUUGAUGAGACCUGGUGAUGGACUGUGGUUAAAUCUGGCUUAUGCUGUGGAACAACCUCGUUGGAACAUGCUCUCUCUACUUGGUUGUGGUUGUCACUUGGAUGAGGUUUGAGAGGCUGCAAGUGGAGUCUUGUGUUGUUUUUUCACUUCAGAACUGUAGCUCAUGUGGGGUGCACAUUGACUUUGUCGUCUUUGUGCCUUCCUUCUGUAGAAACUGCACAGGGUUUUUUUGGAAGUGGCUGCCUGGAAUAUUUGGAAGUUGUCCUGUGGAUCAUAGGAAACAAAUGAGAUGGUAUAACUAACCUAAUAAAGCCAUUUUGUAUGUAUUUACAUGAUGACAGUCACUAUCAGCCUGUGUGGAGAAAAAUAUUUACCUGUUCUGUAGUUAAAAUAGUAACUUCUGUUCUGUAAGCCAGCAGUGAUUCACAAAACUGGGCUGUGAGUUACAAUUCUAAAUUGUAUUUAGAGAAAAUGUCAUGUGUUUUAUGUAAAGCUGCAUUUAAAAUUCUAUAAAGCAUAAAGAUAUGUUCUGUUGGUUCUGUUGCAUUUCUAAGAUCCAUAUGUUGUGUAAUAACUUUAAUGAGAUGUUUUUAUAAAAUCUUUUUUAUUUAUGACGUAGUAAAUGCAAUGGUGAUGUUGAUUUCUACCUUACCUGCUGUUUGAGGCUAUUCCUUAAUUGCUGCAUUCAAUCCACCAAAGGAAACAUAAUCGAAACAGGCUUCUUGGAAUGUCACCUUCAUAUGAUAUGAGAAAUGAGUGUUGGACGCAGAAGAUUAAAGCUGCUGGGAAUUCUGAUGAUGGUAAACAUUUUUAUUUAUGUGAUUGUGGAAGUAUCAAAAAGUGGCAGCCAAGAGAAGAAUGCAAAAGGUCGUGUUAUUAUACCACGCAGCAAAUUCUGGAGAAAAUAUACUCCUCACAAAGCUUAUUGGAACAAACAGCAACAGAAGCUUGAACUGCUGUACAACCCUAUUUUGACCUUGCUUUCCAAUAUGACUGUGGAAGAGAACUUGGUUUCUAACUCGAGUGUUCUCAGUUCCUGUGACCCUGACCCUUGGGUAGCUUCAGAGGUUAGUGACUUCGCAACCUUGCCAGACAGAUUCAAAGACUUUCUGCUUUAUUUGAGAUGUAGAAAUUAUUCAUUAUUAAUGGAUCAACCAAACAAGUGCAAACAUAAACCUUUCCUGCUGCUGGCUAUUAAGUCACUUACAUCCCAUUUUGAUAGAAGGCAAGCAAUUAGGGAAUCUUGGGGCAAGGAAAUAAAAUUGGGGGAUGUGAUGGUCAAAAGGGUCUUCUUACUUGGACAGACUCCACCAGAGGAUAAUUUUCCUGAUCUUUCAGACAUGAUAAAAUUUGAAAGUGAAACCCACCAAGACAUUCUCCUUUGGAACUACAGAGACACUUUCUUCAAUUUAACUCUGAAAGAGGUGCUGUUCCUCAAGUGGGUCAGCAGCAGUUGCGCAGAUGUCCAGUUUAUUUUUAAGGGUGAUGAUGAUGUUUUUGUGAAUACCCAUCAGAUCCUGGAUUACUUGAAGAGCUUAUCAAAGGACAAAGCCAAAGACUUAUUUAUAGGCGAUGUGAUCAAAGAUGCUGGACCUCAUAGAGAAAAAAAAUUGAAGUACUACAUCCCAGAAAGUGUUUAUGAAGGUUCGUAUCCUCCAUAUGCAGGAGGCGGUGGGUUCCUGUAUUCUGGUGAUCUGGCAUUAAGACUGAAUAAUGCAUCUGACCAGGUACUCCUUUACCCUAUCGAUGAUGUUUAUACUGGAAUGUGCCUUCAGAAGCUUGGGCUUGCUCCGGAAAAACACAAAGGCUUCAAAACAUUUGAUAUCGAAGAGAAAUACAGAAAUAACAUAUGUUCCUACACAAACUUAAUGUUAGUACACAGUAGAAAACCUCAAGAAAUGAUUAAGAUUUGGACACGCUUGCAAGAUCCACACUUAAAUUGUUAAAGUAAUGUGCAUAAGUGUCUUAAGUCCAAAGAACUUUCCAAGUUUGGGUAUGACUUUCUUGCUGGACCAUUGAAGCUCUGUUUAAUAGUUUAAUUUUCUCUGAAACUUUUUCCUGUGCUUUUGAAAAUGAGAAUAAUACUAAAAUUUGAGGGGAUGGCUUGAAGACUUGGUCCUGACUUUUCCACUGUCCUGGUGGUCAUUAUGUUUCAAUAUUUGUCUUAAUUUUUAAAAGGACUUCAAGGAUGUAACUAGCUGUCAGUGACUGGUUAGCUGUAUUGGAAACAGGGGUUGCCUACUACAAUGCAUCUUUCAUUAUUUGUGAUGGUGGAAGAUAAUUUUUCCUUGAGUAGUGUUGUGUGUGGAAACCACUGUAAAUUGAAAAUUCACCAAUUGGAGGAAUGUAGUUUUACUUUAAGUAUGAAACACUGUUACGAGACUUUAACUACUGGGUUUUUUAAUUUAUAGUUUUCAGUCUUUUUGCACCCCGGAACAGUAUUUUCUCUUACAAUCUUUUGUGCAAAGCGUGACUGUGUCUGAAGGAUUUACCCUUUUAUUAGAUGAUGCUUUUUUGGUAAAAAAAGCAUAAUACUGUUUGAAACACCCCAUAAAAGAACUGAAUGUAUAAGGAAAAGGUAGAACAGAUUUUGUUUGGAGCUGGGCGGUUGGUACAGUUAGGUCUGCCCCUUGCCCCAAGCUUACGUGAGAUAAAGCUGACUUGUUGCUCAUGUUAUUUAUGUGAAAAGCUACUCUGGUCAGUCCUUGUUUUCUGUUCCAGCACUAAAUGUGAUCAGGUAGCUUGAUUUGAUGCAAAUAACUGAAAUUGCACAUUGCUUAUGAGAGCAUGGUUUGGAUCUCCUAUAAAGUGGUAGCAAAUCUAGAAUUGUGCAGAUCCUAAGUUUUGAAUUUUGAAACAAACUUUGAAGUUGCAUGAUGUCUCAUGUAGAGUUAAACAUGUUCUCAAAACUUGGAUUUUCUUCUGUAUUUCCACAUCUUGCUUAUAAGAAUUAUUCUAAAUAGUGGUUGCUUCCUUUGUAUAUGUAGAAGUGCCUGUCUAUUUAUUGUUCAGAUUGAAGACCAAAACAUUUUCUUAAAUAUAUUUUGUGUAACAUUUUAUUUGUAUAGUGUUGUCACUCAGAUAUUUAAAUAGAGCAUGUUAUUUUAAAUCUGUGAGAUGUGUAAUGUUAAAUAAAGCUAAUUGUUAUUUUUGAAUUUAAAAAAUAAAAUGUGAUUUAAA